UUCCUUAAUACGCUAGUAAAGUCAAACUAAAAUCCCGCAUUUAUCAAUUGGUUUUAAGAGGUGUUACGUAGCUGUAGCACUUUUGGGACUUCUCUUGGCAAGAACCCACAAAUUGAUGUCUUUAGGCAUUAGUCUGCUAUUGGCUUUCUAACUAAACAGUUGCCUCAAAGUUGAAAAUGGCAAAUAGUAGUUUUGAUGGCACCACUCUGUUGUGCGGGCUCUGCAGUGUGGUUUACAUUGUUUUUAUUACAUUUGGAAUACUGACCAUAGUCAUGUGUUGAGAAUAACCAAUAUCCUAUCCUAUUGUCUUCAAUGCCAAACCUAAUUUCGGAUAAUUUAUUUUGAAUUGAUUUAAGUUGUGGUUGAUAAAAUGAAGCACAUGGUUGGCUCCUAUCCCCCGAAGAAGGAAAUCCAAUUCUAUUUGACGCCCGCCGAGGAGGCG